GCUUCGGCGUGUUGUGUCGCCGCUAACGACAAAGCCGACAUCCGAAGUUUUAAACUUUUCUAAAGCGGCCCGGAUAAAAACUUUAUAACCUUAAAAUAAGUGCUGUGCAUAUGUGUUUAAUUUAGUGUUUGUGAAGUGAUUAUCGUCCCAAUUGAACAUUACUGUUCAACGCGUAAUAAUAAGUUGAGAGAAGGCCGUAUAUGGUUGUUGAUUCUUUGGGUUGGCGUCCAUUGUGAAAGUAGACCUUAAGGUUCAUAAGGACACGACUGGCAACUUGCUCGAAACACACGCGUUCGUGUUCAGUUGCUUAUAGGUCGUAUUGGGGUCGCCGGUCACCAUGGCUGCCGGUGUCAAAACAAACCCCUAAGCUACAGGGCAGUGCGGAUGUCGGCGGGAGGCGGCGCGGGUCUUAUGUCGUGCGUGCGCGAGGGCUCGCUGGAGCCGCCCUACCGAUCCCCGCACGCCGACACAAUCACCAACACCCAUGGCGAAGGUCGUACGGGUCGGUUCCUACGGGGACUGCGGCGGAUGUUCAAGCGUCGUGGUCGCGCAGACACGUCCCCUGAUCCCAAGAGCAGCUCCACCAGUGAACUGCUUGAGGCUGACCGUCAGACUAGAAGAAAAGAGGGUGCGUACGGCAGCGGGCUGUCAGUAUCGCACGACUCGGUAUUCACGGGCGAGCGGUCCGGAGACGAGUCCGGCGACGACCGUGCGGCGCCCGCGCAACACCGCGCGCACGUCGCCUCCUCGCACAGGGCGGAGUUAGUAGCGGCUGUUCGAAGACGAGGGCGUGGUGACAGCGAUGAUGAUGAAGACUUGGGGCUUCCUCGGAGUCCGCCGGCUUCACCUCCCACUGACAAGGCUGAUAAGCGGCACCAUGCCGGUAUAUCGCAGUCAUCGUGCAGUGACGGAUCACUGCUCAGCGUGGGCUCGUCGGAGAUGGAUGAGGAUACCAGCAGCGGACACAACAACUCGCACGAGCACUCAGCUCGCAGCGACCACUCUGAUCUCUACAACGGCACGGAACCGCCACCGGGCGUUGCGCCAUUGUCGCACUCCGCGGCUCGACACAAGAUGGCGGUACGUCCGCGACGAACGCACGGCGCUCCACGACGCAAUAAGCCUAAUCCCAUCGCUUCAGCUUUGCCGAUAACACCCGAACUGAACGAAGAAGCUAUACGAAGCGCGACUCCCGAAGUCACCAUUAAAAGCACAGAAGUCGUUACUGAAACAUUCACUUCAUCGACUACUACGAAGCAUCAUAUGAUCGUGAAACAGCAGCAGCUCACCAGAGAACUGAACAAAGUCUUGGAACCGUCUCACGACACUAAACUAAAGUCAUCCUCUCUUCCUCCAGGGAUGGCAUUAAGCCAGGCUGUUGGACAGACCCCAGUGAAACUAAGUAUCGCUGAAUCAAAUACUCCCCGAUCUUCUAUCAAAAGGUCUAAAUCUAGCAGUCAAGAUCAAGCUCUCCGAGAAACUUCACCAAAAAAACCGGACGCCCAUUCACAUUAUCAUUCCGAGGAAAGGGUGAAUAAGUAUCGCAACGAUAAGAAAUAUGCUGAAGAAACUUGCCACGAGAGAAAAUCUAAGUCAGAGAAAAAAUCCGAAAACGAAGUCAUUCGCUCUUCAAAGAGAGAAGAAUCUUUCUUCAGUAGGCUUCUUUUAAGAAAAAGUGGGAAGAAAUCAAAAAAAGAUCAAAUCGAUAGUGAUGUACAUGAUUUCAAGAAAACCAGAACUGAUAAAAGUGCACCACAAUAUAAGUCUGUGGAUACUGAAAAAUGUGAAUUCGGUAAUACGGAUAGCUGUAAGCCUGCACUUGUUGAGCGGUCGCAAAAAUCCGCCGGUCAAAAAGUAUUUUCCAAUGAAAUGCAUAAACGUAUAGACAACAAGGGUGCCUAUGUACAAGACGGUCCCUACAAAGAUGUUUACAGUGCUGCCAAAGUGCCUGGAGUAGAAUACAAUAUAACUGAUCUCAAAAUUGCUGAAGAAACUGAUAAAUUAUUAAAUAUGGAAAUGAAAAUGCGUUUCGGCCGGCGUGAAGAAUUUGAUAAGGUAGAUAAAAUCUCACGCCAGAGGCGCAACUCUUCCAAAGAUAAUUUUGACGAAAAGAAAAGGGAAUCGUUUAGUUUGCAACACGAUAAAUCAAAAAGACCUGCUUCAGUCCAGAGGUUAAUCGACCCAUUCUCAUCAAAAGCAUUUAUUUCGAACGAGAUUACAUCUAGGUCGAAUGAAGAUAGCUUAUCGCCAACAUUUGAUAUGUCAGACGAUGAACCGAUGACCCGAGGAAUGAGAAUUAAAAACGCUCAUAGCGACUAUGUCUUCCACAGUGGUAGUAUACCCAAGAAUCUUCCAUUCUUCAGUCCAAGUAUAGCCAUUUCAUCGUCCCCACCAAAAGUAGUAACUCACCAUAGUUCUGAAAACGUGAAGCAUUCGAGUAGAAUUACUGACGCCUCUGACUUCCCUGAUAAAGAUAUAUUCAAACGUGACUUCUUCCAAACUAAUAAGGUCGAAGAAUCAUAUAUAUCAUCCGGAUUUCGAUCGUUGGGAGACGAAUACGUAGAAACUAGAAGUAGUAUAGGAAAAUCUCACAGUUUUCGCUAUGCUUCUGAAUCGACGUCCAUCAGUUCGCAAGAAAACCAAUUGCCAAGCUUGCCUGCUAUUGUUGGUAUUUCUGAACCUUUGCUUGAAAGUUGGGAAGUAAAUUAUAGGCGAAAUGUGGCGGAUAGACAAGAUUACUCCAAACGCAUAUCAGCCAGAAACUACAAUAUCAUACAAAGCAACACGGAAACUAAUUUUGAAAGUUUGCCUAGUACUGACAGCAGUUACUUAGAUAGUCUCAAGCCUGACAAAAAUGAAGACCAAAAACUAUUUACAAAUAACAUUAACAUCACAGUUGACACCCAUAAACGUGACAGUGACAUAUCUCAAAUAGAGGCUAAAAUUGACGAUAUAAUCAGUUCGCCUAAGCCCAUACUAACUCCAAUACUCAAGUCCAAUUCACUGGAUAGUGUAAAAAGUAGUCCUGAAAAGCAGAUGGACGAAAGAAGAAAAACAGUUUCUGUUGAGAGCGCCCUCGGCCAAACCAGUAAACAAUCGAGUCAAAAAGAAAUCAGAAAAGAAACUGACAGCUUCAUAUCCGUUACUCAUGUUAAUAAAGACAAUAGUGAUGUUGUAAGUAAGGUUGUUGAGGUCCAAAAAAUAUCGAAAAGUGAAGAAAAAUUACAAAAAGCAAGUUCAACUAAGCCAGGCGUGCCUGAAUUUUUGAAUAUUCAAUUGAACAGAGUUGAUGCAAAACCCGUAACUAAUGUCGUAUUAACUGCCAACGUAACCCCAAAAAAAUUGGAGAGCCCACAGAUAGAUAAAGAAUUGGAUAUAGAAAAUUUUUCAGUGACAGAAAAAUAUCCAGUUAACAUUCCACAAAAACGUGAUUCAAUAAAAAGUGUGGAAAGCUCAUCAAGUAUUGUAUGUGAAGAAAAAAAUAUUUCUUCAAAGCCUGUCGUGGCCACAUCCGUAACUCCUCAGAGCCCUUUGACACCUAUAGCGUUCUUCAAACGAAAAUCAGCAAGUAUUGAGCUUGAAAAGCCUGAAAAACCAAGAGCAAAUUCCGUCAGCACUGAUGGAAGCACGGAAAAAAUUGACAACAUUUCUAUGGAUCAAAAAUCACAUUCUAGUUUCGGUAGCAAAAGCUCAAUACAGAGUACCGAUAGUAAUGAAAAUAAAGUGACAGACAGACAUGAGGAAGUGGUUUACCGAAAGAAACAUCUUCUCAACAGAGAUUCUCGAAACAAGAACGACGAUGAACCGGAGUUAAUGAAAGUGUUUGCGCGAAGAUCUCUUAAGCUGAAAGACUCUGACGUCGACAGCGUUGCUCAAGAGAUAAGUGAGAAAAGUGACGCGAAUGGAAACAAACUAGAUGAUAGAAGUAAAACACUCAAGAAUGAAUUUAACGCUUCCAUUAAAUCUAGAGAUAGUGAUAAAGAAAACGAUGACGCAAAAGAAUCUGUCGAGAAUAAAUUAGUCGAUAUAGCAGCUAGAGUAAGCCAAUUCGGUGCUCAUUACCAACGCAGUGUAAGCAUCAACAGCGUUUCAACGAAACGCGAUACACCAACGUAUAGAAAUGAAAUCAAUAAAUAUAAGAAGGAAGUUUCAGAUUCCACGCCUGAGAAACGAUUACGUAAUAGAACAUUCCCUGAUCCCGCAAACGAUCGGGAAGAUAUAAAAAGCAUUGCUAAAAGCGAUAUGUACAGAGCGGACACUUUAACCAAACGUCCGUGGCAGAGAAAGGAUGAAUUCAGACUGUCCGUCGAGAUUGAGAAACGUGACAGCGUUGUGAUAGAAAAGGAUGGAGACAGUGAGAAAUGUGAAGGUGCGAAGGAGAACGCAGAAGAAGCCGAUGCGUCACCUCAAUUUAAAGGCAUUCUGCAAAUGAGGGCGGAAUGGGAGCGGCGGGCUAAACAGGGAAUGACCAAAUAAAAGGUGCUAAUUUUAAGAUAAAUAAGUAAGAAGUAAUCCAUGCAUUUUCAUAACAUUUUAUAGACAAUAAUAUAAAUGUGUAGUUGUAUAGCGUAGCCGUAACAGUAAUUGAUAUAUUGUACUCCAAAACCUUACUCUGUACAAAGGUUUUUAUUGUUAAAUAAUAAUUUCAUUACUCUGUAAAUAUUGUCAAUAGUUUUGACUGGUUCUAUUAUAGUUUUAUAAGAAAAUUUCACCAGAAUAUUUCAUGAAUUGGAAUUAGUAGUAAAAAUUGUGAAAAAGGAAUUGAAGGCCCUUUUGAUUGUUCUAAACGGCCGCCAUUUUGAUUUUAUAAAUUAAAUUAUGAAAUUAUCGGCGACAAAUUGCCACCAGCGUAACUGCAAGUUAGUUAAUAAUAUUAAAUGUAUUAUUUAAUGUUAACUCUCUUCUAUUGGUCCUUUCACACACACACCAUUGAUAAUAAGUCAUUUACACAUUAAUGGCGAAUAAACUGCCAAAUAUGUUAUGUGAACGCACCCUUAGAUGAAUUCCUUUUACACAUAUCUAUUUCUGCAGUUACGCUGACGUUUGAUUACGUUUGGAAUUUUUUAACUGCAAGGGUGUAAGUACAUUUACAGAAAUGAGUUUGAAUAUUUUUUACUAUAGAAUACAAAAUUUUUAAUUUAUUGAAUUAUAUAAUUAAAAUUUAUUUUGGUAUUAGCUUAAAAUUUGAAGGGUACCUAUGUGUAUAAUAUAUUUAGAAGACAAUAGCCUUAAAAUACUUAAAAUUUUGUAAUAAUAUGUAGCUUUUGCCACAUCUUGCCAAAAGUUCUAAUCGUUCUUGUAAAGAGUAAAUGUACUUACACCAUAAGUUCAAGGAUGUACCGUCGUGUAUACAAACUUUAUUUAGAACUUAGUGAUACAAGCUUAGACAUUUACUUAAUCAAAUUAACGUAUAUAUUAUCGAAUCUUAGACUAAAGUGGUAAAAUAGACGGAGUGUACAGAAAUUGAAAGCGAAGCCAUGUUAGAGUUAUGCGUUACAUUAAUAUUUACAAAUUGAGCCAGUAAUUAUACAUAUCAAUAAGUUAAAUUGUUAUUUUGAGGAUUGAGGUUCCAAGGUUUUCAGUGUCGUGGCCUUGCCAGCUUCAUUACAGGCUUUUGAUCUAUUAGACAUCUUUGCAACUUUUCCAAUGUAGCCUCUUGGUAAUUUUGUCGAGUCAGACUUUUGCUAACUCAUCCGUUUUGAAAACCUAAAGCUUACGCAUCAUCCUGGCAUUCAGGACUCCUCUGCCCAGUGGUUAGGUUGCAGCCGCGACCUCAUUACACAUGGUUAUACCGCGGACUACUUCCAGGACCGUGUCCGAGCUCUCUGCCUCAUCGUAGACCAAGACCAAGUACACCAAGACAUUCCAGAACCGCAUCAUGUGAGGGUUAGCCUUCCAUUUUUCAAAUGCCCUCCUAUAACAUAUCGAUAUUUCGAGGCUAUCAAGGUGAAUACUACCUCCGCGUCUCCCUUGCAUACGCCUUUUUUACAAAUCAUGGCUAGGCCGAACACUGUCGGGGUAGGCCACUUCCCGAGUGUGACGAUUGAGAACUCAUUAGCCGUUAGCUUAUCUGUAAUGACGUUAUCGAAGGCGGAUACUGCCUGUCCGUGCUGGAAGUCUCCGUACUCGGUAUCAUCCCCUCGGACUCUGUCUGGUGCCGACGGGCCCUAAAGGCACCGGGCAUACCCCGUAGGUGUAGUCGCACCCUGCUGUGCGGGUGAACUCCUCUUGAACCGGGGGUACCGGUUGGUUAGUAAAUUUCAGAGGGUAUAACAGCUUGACCCAAUCUACCUUGGCUCCACGAACCCGCUCUUUUGCCCAUCUGUUAAAAAGCUGGGUAAGUUGGUUUCCAACAUGAGUUCAGCUCAGAACCAGCAGUUCACGGGCACAACUAUGGUUGUAUAACCUUGUAGUCCGUCCCGAGGGUGAUAGCUACCAUUAUAAACGUUCCGACCCUGGCAUUUCGCUGUCCUGAGGACCAGGACUUGCUUGCGGAUCGGCGAAUUAAUUAUCGUUCCAGAUGCCCUGAUGUCUUCAUUCCACUGGAAGAUCAUGAUCCGCGACUGGGCGGGGCCUUCGUAAUUAUUACACAUGGCUCGUGUGAUAAGCGAGAAUGGCAGGCUGUUGACGAUCAGGGGCAUCAAUAACUUUGAGUUUGACCGGGGGGAGACGUCAAACACCACAACUGCCACGGAGGGGUCUUUGAGGUGCCACAUCUCCUUCUCAACCUGAACUAUGCCCUCCAUUCCAUCAAUGAUACGGCGGUUGAGGUAUUCCGCCGUGAUCAAGAUAUGUUGAAAAUCUCAGCUAUCCGGAUCUCGUUCGGAAUAUCGAUAAUGUUAAGGUCACGUCUUCAGGCUUACAUGUCAUGGCCCACCGUUUGUUUGGUGUUUCGCGGGCUUUUUUCCUCAUUGCUACUGCCCAAAUAUUAUUAGCAGCUUUUUACUUUACCAAACCUGCUGCACGCCCUUGGUAAGCGGCCCAGUGCCGGAGUCAGGGGUACCUUAUCAUGAUAUGCCUUCCCCUGUCCCACCCCCAGAAUCAUCUCCCCUGACUGGGGUCCCCCCUCCUUUCCCCCCAUUACUUAGGCAAACUUUUCAGUUGCCCUCGUUCUCUUCUCCUCCGUAGCAGAUGCUUCUGUUCCCCUGGUAAAACCAAGUUGUCAAGCCCCUCAGUGACAUACCAGAAUAAUUCCUUAAACAGAUGAUUUUGCAGAAAAAGUGUAGGUUAACUAUGACGAUGAGCACUUCAGUCUUUCGGGCAAAGGGUUUUUUGACACACUUAAUGCUAUAUGCAGAUGGCCAACGUGUUAGUACAGCGCCAAGCCCUAAAUAUUUUUUAGUCAUGAUAAUCAAGAAUUUAUAAUAUCUCUGAAAUAGCUUAUCCAAUUGACAGAAGAAUAUUCAAUACAACUACAGACAUACAGAUAUAUGUGUUGUUAAAAUUGUUAUAUAUUUUUUAAGAAAGUGUUAAAUUGACUUUGGUACUGCCUCCUUUUGUUCUUGCGCUCCGUCUAUUUUACUUCAUAAUCCCAAGUUACAUCGAGAACAGUGUCAUGAUAGUGUCAAGACAAGGUUGCUGUCAUACCGUUAUCUUUGAAUAAAAAAGUUUCUAGUGUCUAGUAGUACUACACUUUAGUGUUAGUUGGAUAUGCAUAGAAUGGCGUCGUACUACGUAUCGCACUUUCAGUUAGGUUACUUGUAAGUGAGAUAUGAAAAACAAUUUGUAAAAUUUUUCUAUUUACUUUCAUUUUAGUAAUACACAUCUUUGCAAAGAUUGAUCCUUAUCAGCAACAAUUUUUUUUUUGAUAAAACAUUCGAGUCGAUUUCCUUCAAAAGUUCAAGAAAUUAAAAAGACUAAAUAUGCAGUUAUUAGUUUUUUUUUGUAAAUUGUAAUGGCAUGACUCCUCUCACGACUUUCCUCUAAGUCUCGUAGUUUCCGACUUGCCAUCACCGCCUUCUCAAAAAAGCACCCUGUAUAUGGAAUAUUUUAUUAGUGACAAUGCGGGAUUCAGACCUCCAUUUUCCGAGAUAGCACGUCACGUAGUACGACGAAAUGUUAAAUAAUAAUGUCAUAUUAAAAUACCAGCUUCAUACUAAUGCAUUUGAAUGAUCCCCUGUAUCUAGAGAAUAAUUGAUAUUAAGCACCAUUCAGCUAAAAACGCUGGUAUGAGCUGAGGUGUCCCCACGCUCUUGAGAAUCUAAAAAUAGAUUAUUACUAUGAAGCUCAAAAUGCGGUACUUUCCUUCAUCUAUUCAGAUUGAUUCUGUCAAGGUCAGAUUGUCACUAGGUCUCGGCACUGAUCUUCAACGAAAAACGAAAUUAUUUCACUGCUUUGUAUGGGUGGAUUGAUUCUAUUAAAAAGAUACAUACAUACAGGGCUUCUGAGAAUAAAUUUUUUUACGCAUUCAAUGAUAUCGGUAAAGUUUCGAACAAUUCAUUCCCAUAUCUAUGAUAUCUGUGGACACUGUUCUGAUGUGAGCUCGGGUAAGUCGCGUUGAGCAUAGUCUUAGUAAAGUCUACGUAACGUUCGUUGUUAGGACAAUGUAUUUUUGAGUGUUAUAUUUUAUUAAAGAUUACAUAUGCAUUGAACAUUGAAUUGUGAAAUACAAAUUUUAUUCAUAUAGUC